UAGUGUUGUGUUGUGAAGACGGUGCAUCAGCAGGAACACCCUACACUGCCAAUGGCAGGGAGUGUCGACUGUUUUUUCGUAUACUUUAAUCGUGUCUCCGAGUCAAAGUGCUAACGUCACCAGAAAUGUCAAAGCUCAAUUGUCCUUCCGUUACUCAUUCAGUUCAUGCCGGAAUAUUUUAGAGUAAAUUGUACAUGCGUCAGUACUGUCAGGAAUAACAAUGGCAACGACUUUGAAGAAAUUGCGGCUAUUGCUGUACAAAAAUUAUUUGGUACGCAGGAGACAAUGGAUAUCAGCCAUCGUCCUACAGAUUCUGAUCCCGUGCUGGAUAUUCUACUCUUUGAAGGCGAUGCGAACCAUCCAGCAAAUAGCUCCCGGUGAAACUGUGCAAAACAAAAGUUACAAUCCAGUAACGGAGGAACAAUUGAAGGAGCCCAAUCGUCUCAUAAACUUGUUUGUUGUGCCGGACAAUACGUUUGUAGAUUCUUUAAUUGACAGCGUGAAGGAGUGCCUUGGGAUGCAAAAAGAAAGCAAUGUAACGAAAUUUGCAACGGAAAGGGAUAUGUUGGAUGCGUAUAAAAACAUGCCGGUGAACUUUGAGGAAAUCUACAAAGCCAUAGUUUUCAACGAAAAUACGAAUUCUUUGACGAAACGCUGGAAAUAUAAAAUAUAUUCCGAUGAAAGUCUUCCCAGUGCGGCUUACGAAGGCUACUUCAAUCAUAUGUUUACAUUUGACAAACAGAUUGGACUGCAGAUGUGUUUGGACACUACUUUCAUCAACUUCAACAACACAGAGAAACUAAAUAUGGAAUUUUCCAUGAGAAAAAUGGUCAAACCUGGUGAAGCGGAACAAGGUGGGGAUCUUGUUGUCUACCUGGGUAUAGCAGUUGCUUUCUCGGCCAGUAUUGUAUUCUUCAUACAAUUGUGCUUCGAAACUUCAAAAGCAUCGGAAGAAAAAUUUCUCGGAGUCAAUGUUUUGAUGGCUAUGAAUGGAGUGCCUAAUUAUUUGAACCUAUUGAGUUGGCUCUUGAGCGGACUAAUUUUCAGUUUACUUUACACUGUUCCCAUCGUUAUACUGUCAAAUAUAUGGUUUGAAGGAAAGACUCCUCUUUUGUACGAUGGGAAUUCAUUCAUAUUUUGGUUGAUACUUACCUUACAUGCGGCUCACUUGUUUACAUACGGCAUGCACAUUUCUGCAUACUUCACAAGAUCUAAAUUCUUGACCAUUGGAUUGUUGGUGCUCUACGUAAUUUCAAGUAUUUACAGCGAGGCUUACUUGCAAGCUCACUCACUGGUGCCUUACCUGGGAAUAAUAUUUCCAAACAUACUGCUCAUCCGAGCUUUCAGAGAAAUAUCUUACUAUCAGAUUGCAAGUGGAAUUGGAAUUCGAUGGAGCAACUUGUUUGUAGUCGACGAUGUUGCAUACGGAACUGCAGGAAGCUUGGGAGUGAUAAUGAUUUUCUCCAUAAUUGGUGCCAUUUUUCAUUUCGUAUUGGCUAAUUACGUUUGUGCUGUAAAUCCUGGUAAAUACGGCGCCAAAAAGCAUCCACUCUAUUUUUUGGAGUUUUUUGAAAGAUCCAACAAUCCAAAUGACUAUGGUAAGGUAGACAAUUUUGAGUCAGACGUCAAAGCGGAUGAACCAUUUGAAACUGUACCAAGUGGAGCCUUCACUCCUGGAAUUCAACUUCGAAAUCUGAGAAAAACGUACAAUGUCGGCUUAUGCGGUGAUGCGCAAGUACAUGCCCUCAAAGGUAUCAGUAUCGACUUUUAUCAGGGACAAAUCACCUCGUUACUUGGCCAUAAUGGUGCUGGAAAAACAACGAUGAUGUCAAUUUUGACAGGAAUGAAUAGUCCAACUCAAGGCACGGUUAUCAUCAACGGAAAAAAUAUUGAAAACAACAUGGACGAAGUAUUGAACGAAAUGGGACUGUGUCCCCAGGAAAAUAUUGUUUUUCCAAAUUUAACCGUUUAUGAACAAUUCAAGCUGUUUGCUAGGUUAAAAAAUAAAAACAGUCCGAAUACAGUGAUUGAGCAUAAUAUAGAGCUAUUGCUUCAAAAGUUGAAAUUGCACGAAAAACGAAACGUUAUGCCCCAAAAAUUAUCUGGAGGGCAAAAACGAAGAGUGUGUCUUGGAAUGGCUCUUGCAGGAGAUCCAAGCAUAUUAAUCUUGGACGAACCAACAUCUGGAUUGGAUCCAGAAGUUAGACGUAGCAUUUGGGACAUUUUAUUGAAAACUAGAGGACAAAAGACAAUUUUAAUAAGUACUCACGACAUGGAAGAAGCCGACAUUCUCGGUGACAGAAUUGCCAUCGUACACGGCGGUAGACUGAGAAGCUACGGUACUUCGAUGUUCCUGAAAAAGCAUCUAGGUGGCGGAAACGUGGAGAUAACAUUGUCCACGGAACCCUGGUGCAACCCCGAAAGCAUUCGCACUUACUUGGGUUCUCGAAGUAAAAUCCUCAACUCAGAUGGUAAUAAAAAUGUUAUAAGUGUCCCGUAUACUCCCGAACUACCAGAUGCUUUGGACAGGACAGAGAGCAACAAGAGACAUCUCGGAAUCACGGGUAUGAGCGUCUCAUUGAUCACCUUGGAACAAGUAUUCUUGAGAAUUGCAAAGGACAACGAAGACGAAGUUGACGAUCGAGAGCCGCUCAUUUGCGCCUCCCAAAAAUUAAAAGGCCUACAGCACUCUCUACACGCUGCAAAAGGACUGUUGUACAAAAAAGCAACUUACACCUGGAAAAACGCAACGACCUUCACGCUAAUGUUAGCACUGAUCCUAUUGGCAAUGUUUAUCAAUCACAUGAUUUUUUCGUUCAAAUUUCCCGUCAAUUCUACUCCGAUGGACGUGCGACUCGACAUCUACGACAACCCAAAGAUAUUCUACAGCAAUAAGAACGCCGAAAUCGUCAAAAGCUACAAGACCACGGUAGAACACUACGGCGGCGAAGCCGUUGAAGUUCCAGAAACCGGCAACCUAACUCAAGAGCUGUUGGACUACGGUUAUCAGAACCGCAGGGUUUACAAGACUCGCAUGAUAUCGUCGGUCGAUUUCGGGAAUCCGGGCAAGGCCGAGGCCAUAUACAACGACGAGAUCGCCAGUUUUGCCAAACCGAUAUCCAUGAACCUUCUGACAAACAGCAUACUGAGGGCUCUGAAGGGUCCGGAGUACAGCAUAGAGAUGAGCGCCCAGGCUUUGCCCCACAAAGAAAACGACAUUGAUGAUAUAACCAAGAAGGGGAUGGUCGACAACGUUGUUACCUACGCGGUGCCGACGAUCCUUGCCAUCUUCUUGUUCUUGGCCGUUGCCCUACUGGUCAUUCACCCUCUACUCGAGAACUCGACAAAUAUCAAGCACCUGCAGAAAAUGACCGGGUUAUCGGCUUUCAAUUACUGGGGGACUAUGCUACUCUUUGACCUCGCGGUGAUGGUGUUUUUGUCGCUCGUCAUUAUAAUUGGAUUCAUCGUCAUAGAUCGAGUCGUCGGUCUCCAAAUGAUGAAGGCAAAGGAGAUACUGAUCUUUGGCGCUAUCAUCUGCCUGUUUUCACUAAGCGUCCUCCCGUGCAUCUACUGUUUUACCUUUUGGUUGAGCACCGUGAGCACCGCUAUGAAAACCCUUACGCUGAUACCAGUAGGUCUAGUCAUCCUCGAGGGAGUCAUGAUGAUCCUCGUUUACUUGUUCCCUGAAGCUCAUACCCUAAAAAUCAUCCGUCAAAUCGAAAAGAUCGCAGUUUUGCUGACACCCUACAUCGGCUUCUUCCACGCGGAAAUCUCCUUUUUUCAAACGGCCAGGGCCAACGUCCUGUGUCCGCAGUUGUCACUCGUGUUCGAUGCGAAGAAAUUGUGCAGCUUGCCAUUGUAUUCCGAAUGCUGCGAAAUGGGUUGCAGCAACGGGAGAUGCGAGAAUCCCAGGAGUUUCUUCAACGGCUUCAAGGACGAUUUCUCUCUGGAAGGUGGCUUGGUCAGCUUGGGCGCGACGUUUGUCUUGUACUCGGUUCUCCUGUGGGUCCUGGAGGGCAAACUGAUACAAAAGUUAGUCGCGAGAAUACUCGGGGACGCGCCACCGCCGGAUGACGACGCUGAUGAGCAGGUGAAGAAAGUGAAGCGCGACUUGUCGGACGAAAUCGACCACUUGAAGACCAAAUCGAGUCAGGUGAUUGCCAACGGCUGCAGCAUCAACAGCUUGGAAAACGGGGUGGUACAGGACAGGCACAUAUUCCUCGUGUACGGGCUGAGGAAGAAGUACGGCAGAUUGGUGGCCGUCAAGGAUGUAAAUUUCAGCGUCAGGCAGGGCGAGUGCUUUGGUUUGUUGGGCGUCAACGGAGCCGGCAAGAGCACGACUUUCAGGAUGAUGACUGGCGAGGAGAUACCGCACAGCGGCAUGAUGUUCCUGAGCGAUAGAAAGUUGACCGGCACCCAGAAUCUCUCGCAAAUGGGCUAUUGUCCCCAAAACGACGCCAUCGUCAGGAGCCUGAACACCUACGACCACCUGCGACUGUUCGCCCGUCUCAGGGGUAUUCCCGAGCACGAGGUCAUCAAGGAAACGAAAAAAUGGAUCAGACGACUAAAUCUAAGGGCUUGUGCUCGCAACCCCAGCGGCACUUACAGCGGCGGCAACAAACGUCGACUCAACAUCGCGAUUUCGAUGAUCGGCCUGCCGGAGCUGGUACUGCUCGACGAGCCAACCACUGGCGUCGAUCCUGCUGCCAGGAGAUCUCUUUGGAACGUUAUCAAGUCGGCCCAAGCGACCACUGGCCAAGCUGUGAUACUUACGUCGCACAGUAUGGAAGAGUGCGAGGCUCUCUGCGGUAGACUUGCCAUCAUGGUGGACGGUAAAUUGGUGUGCAUAGGUCCGUCCGAGGAGCUGAAGCAACGUUUCGGGGCCGGCUAUGACAUCCAGAUAAAGCUGAAUCCUGAAAAAGCUGUAGCUCAAGUUGAGCAAAUCAAGAGGGACGUCGAGGCAUUGCUACAGUGCCAGCUGGUUGAUGAUAAUUCGGGAUACCUGAUGUAUCACGUUUCAUCCACAGCAACAAAAUGGAGGAAGAUGUACGACGCGAUGAGAGCAGUGAAGCACAAGUACGAUAGCAUUGAAGAUUUCUGCGUGUUAUCUUCAACAUUGGAACAGUUGUUUUUGCUGUUCGCCAGAGCUGCUAAUAAGUCUCAUUAGAUCUGAGCUUUGCUUGUCGAUCAUUUAAUUAACUUCUAUGAUGAGUGUCGGAAGUUUUUGUGGUGUUUCUCCGACGAUACAUAUAUACUUUUAUAUAUAGUUUAUAAUCAAACGCACUGUGCCUUUGUCAGUAUAUUUUUCUAAUAUUUUUAUUUUUUUGUGAUACAAUUCAAGUAUUUAUCGUUGUAACUAUAGUGUUAGCUUGACAGUUGUGCUGUUUGGACGUGAGUUUGGAAUUGUUUGCUCUUUGAAUUAUGAGCGAUGUCGUUUCAUUAGUUGAUUCUUAAAUUGUACUUUCUCACUUUACUUUGGUUCAACUUUUAUUUAAGAAUAUUAAUAGAUACUUUUCAUAAGAUGAUGACAGAAAAAGUGCAAUACCUACUGAGUUUAAUUAUCACUAAAAUUGAAUAUAUUACGAUGAAUGAUGAUAUUCAAAUGGGAAAAAGGAGUGAUUGGAUUAAUUUCCUAGGACUUACCAUAACUCACACUGUUAAAUUACUGAAUGAUAAGUUAAAAACAACUAUGAAACGAUUUGGCUGUGAAUAUUGUAAUGAAUCGUUGAGUCAAUACAUACUUACGCUUAAUAGAUAAUUUCCCAUGUAACUAUUGUUAACACUAAACAACGUGUACAACCUAUUCUAAGUUAAACUUUUAUAUACAUAAAUAUAUAUAUAUAUAUAGUUUUUUUCAUCCAUAAGUAUCUAAUUAAUAUGGUAACAAAAGAGAACUUAAUACCUAAAUUUUUACAACUACUAGACAUAGAGUCUCUGCUUCGAAGUAAAUUUUUAGAAUUUGUAAGCUUUUUGUUUCACUUCAUCUACAAGCUCCAAAGAUGUUAAGUACACAGUAUAUUUAUGUUGGUUAAAACAAGUAUUAAAGGUCCUAAUCAGCGGUUAUCUAUCAAGGUACUUUCUUGUUGAGCUUAUGAAUUUUUACGAUACCAAAUACAUACAUUUUAACCUUAUGUACUUAAUAAAAUUUUUCA